UCGUGUUUAUGGUAAGGCCUGUAGCAGUAGGCCCCGCUCUCAUCGAGCUCCAUGGUUUGACAGCUCAGCUGUCUGGUGUUUGGUACGAGAGGUGGGCCCAGUGGGCAUCCAGACUCGCGUUGAAGGUGUUCAGUAAGUAAGUACGACAAUGGAGCAGGAAAUGCGGCGACUAAAGAGACUCUUCAAAGAUCCAAAUCCUCUAUUCACGGCAUGGCUGACAGAAUGGAGGGAAGAGGCAGACAGAAAGGACUCCAAGAUGAAAUAUGUUUAUGGAGUGGCACUAAAGUCACUGCGGCAAUACCCUCUUCCGCUCACCUCGGGGAAGAGCUGUAACAUUCUGAAAGGUUUCGGCGCCACUCUCUGUGCCCGACUGGACCAGAGGCUUCAGGAGCACAUCGAGGAACAUGGUCCGCUGCCAGCACUCGGCGUGGCAGACCAGGUGGAGCUGGAGCGAGAGAGGCCAAAGGCGCCCGCGAAGAAAAGGACGCCGAAGCCGGCACCGGUGGCCGCCCCGAAGCCCUCCUCUGCAGAGCGAGAUAGGGACUCUCCAGUAGGAAAGGUGGGCAAGCGCGGUCGGCCGGCCGGCGAGUACCGCCCCAAACCGGGAUCGGGUGGGUUCGCUCUGCUGGUGGCUCUCAGGCGGCAGGAGAAGCAGCAGGGAUACGCCGGGUUCCUGCGUAAGGCCGCACUCCAAGAGGCAGCCCAGCCGCUCUGUAACGCCUCACUGACGCUGCCGGAGGCGGGAGGCUACUACACCGCCUGGAGCACUAUGGGCACCCUGGUCAAACGCAAACUGGUGCGGCGCGAGGGUAACCCGGCCAGGUUCAGUCUGACUGACGUCGGUCGGGAGGUGGCCGACCGUCUCGACUCCUCCCCGUGGACUCUGCCCAGCCAGCGCGAAUGUUUUGACCGUCUGACUGGGAUGUCACCCCCGUCCGACUGCACGGGAUCUAGCCCGGUCAGGGGGGCACCGCCAGUUGCCGCCAGCAGUAGUCGACCAGCCGAGCCGCGCACAGUUCCCCAGCGGCUACCUUCGGACACUGUCGCACCGUCCACUGAUGGCCUGAUGUACCAGUACAUCAGCUCGGCCGGCGCCGCGGUCCGAAGCAAAGACGACGCUCAAGUGUCGGUUGAUGGCGGCCGAGUGGGGUUCCUGGUGCGCUGCCGGCGGGACGCGCUGGACGCCAGUGGGCGCACCUACUGGACCGACCCCGACAGACCGGAGCGGGAUGGCAUUGUGCACGUAUUCCUCUCGGACGCAGACUGCGCCGAGGAGUGUCCAUCAGGACCGCUCUCCGGUCCGUCUCCGCCGCCACCCGUCGCCGCUCGCCAGACCAAACUACACGACAUGUCGGAUUCCGACAGCGACGACGGCAUGAUGACCGCUUCCCAGUCGCUGUCAGCGUCAACGCCACGGUCCCAGUCCCAGUCUCAGUCCCAGUCACUGUCCCAAUCUCAGUCCCAGUCCCAAUUCCAGUCCCAGCGGCAAGCGCGGCCCCAGGUCGGGACAUCCCUCAAACGUCAGUCUACGGACUGGCGAGCGGCACUGAAGCGGCUCCGUUCGGACAUCUCGGCCGACUCCGGUCCGUCGGAGUCUGUGGCAGCGUCGUCCCGGCCGACGUCCUCAUCCGGGGCGGCUUCGCUGUCCGAUGAGGACUGCCACCUGCUCUCCGAUGACGAUGACGAUGUCUUGAUCACGGCGGCCGAUAUACCGCCCAGACCCUCACUGGAGAGAGCGACCAUCUCACCCUCACCGACUAGGAGCGUCGGGUCUCCGCCGUUGAGUGGAGUGCGACGUACGGAGAGCGCCGUCUCUCCGGUUGCUAAGAGUGCGGAUCGACUCAGUCCCCCACCUGCCGCAGUACUGAUUAGGGAGCGGGCGGCGGCAGCGGCCGAGGCCAGAGCCAAGAGCCGCCCGCCUCCCGCCGCGGCAGGUAGCGGUGCCAGCCGGCCGCCGGCCGCUACUGGGGGCUCGUCUGAGCAGCGGCCGACUCCUAGCGCCUCUGUGCCCCGUCCGGUGGUGGUGGAGGACUGGCGACCGGCGGCGCCGACUUUCGCCACCGAGCGGCGACCACCGGAACCGGCGGCCGAGCUGCGCGACUUUACUCCCUCCGUGGUGCUCCGGCCGGGAACGUUCGACGUGGUGCUCUGCGUGGAUAACCAGGAGACAUCCGGCAAGUCGGGUCCGGGCGCCUGUCUUCGCACCUACCGGGACGUGGUGCUGGCUGAGCUGCAGAAGAACGGUGUGGUGGCUGACGUGCGAAAACUGAGCGUCGGAGACUUCCUGUGGGUGGCGCGGCCGCGCACCGGCAAACAGCCAGAGGAGCUGAUUCUACCGUACAUUGUCGAGCGGAAGCGACUGGACGAUCUGGCCUCGAGCAUCCGCGACAGCCGGUACCGGGAGCAGAAGUUCCGCCUGAAGCGGUGCGGCGUCCCUAACGUUAUCUACCUGGCGGAGGCGAUGGGCACCGGGCCGCGAGCGCGUAGCGUCGGCCUGCCCGAGUCGACCCUGCAGCAGGCACUGGCCAACUGUCAGGUGGUGGACGGGUUUCGGGUCAAGUGGACGGCCGACCAGCGCGAGACUGCUGCAUUCCUCACGCUGAUGACGCGCCGAUUGCAACAGCGCUAUCAGUACCGUCAGCUGGAGGGCUGCCCGCGGGAGCAGCUGCCGGCCGGUCCCCCGUCAGCCGGCGGCCCGGAGCGGCUGCAGCUGUUCAGCGAGUUCCACCAGCUGUCGGCCAAGCGGCAGCGGCUGACCGCCAGAGACAUGUUCGCCAAGAUGCUGCUCCAACUGUCGGGCUUGUCGGCAGACAAGGCGGCCGCCAUAGUGGCCGAGUACCCGACCGUGGCGCGACUGCUGGAGGCGUACGCCGGCUGCGAAUCGCAGGCCGAGGCGGAGAAACUGCUGGCGCCGCUCCGCGCAGACCGCUCCGGCCGGCCGGUGGGUGCUGCUAUCAGUAAGGCCGUCUACCACCUCUACAGCGACCGGCAACUGACGUGAUGGCGGGCGAUGGCCGCCCAGCUAUGACUGGCAGUUACGUGAUGGUUGAUGGAUCCUGACGUGAGGACGAGAGGCUGCUGUCGUGCCAGCUGCAGCUGCCUUUACCGCGACCACAGUAGCCUGACAUACUAGCGGCCGUCGACUUGCUGGUGCUGACGUUAUACCCGUAAUUACGGUAACUGCGUACCUUAUGGACGUGGUGAGUUGCAACAGAAGAGUUUUGCCUUCAGACUUGGGAGUGCCUUGUUGUGACUCGUGAGAAGUGUUAACGGGUUUAUCGACUGCCUUUUGCUGGCUGUGAGCUGUGGACGCCCGCCGCGAUGAACUACAAGUGACUAAGUAGAGUGGUUGAUUUCGAGCUGGCCCAGAUCGGUCGUCAAUGACGGCCUCUUCCAUACCUCGCCGAGGUUCGUUCGGAUCCGGAUAGCUUUGCUUAAAUAUUGUUACCGCUCGACUUUACGUUCGUUUGUCGUAGUCUUUGUCAAAGCAGAUGCUUCGAAGUGCCUUUACUGUCCAGCCAUUUAAAUCCGUGUAUGAUCUCGCCAAGAUGCAAUUUGCAUUACGUUGUUAAUAAAAAGAAAAGCCCA